AUCAGAGAGAGAGAGAGAGAGAGAGAGAGAGAGAGAGAGAGAGAAGCAGAGAAUAUGGGAGGAUGCUGUCCCCCCAUGGAUCUGUUGAGGUCGGAGCCUAUGCAGCUCGUCCAGAUCAUCAUCCCCAUCGAGUCCGCCCACCUCACCGUCUCUUAUCUCGGCGACCUCGCCCUCCUCCAAUUCAAAGAUCUGAAUUCUGAGAAGAGCCCGUUUCAGAGGACUUAUGCUACUCAGAUCAAAAGAUGUGGUGAGAUGGCACGCAAAUUACGUUUCUUCAAGGACCAAAUGUUAAAGUCUGGUCUGCCUCCUCCAAAGUCUUUAAGACAAGUGGACCUCAAUGUAGAUGAUCUGGAGGUAAAACUUGGUGAGCUUGAGGCCGAGCUGAUAGAGAUUAAUGCUAAUGGUGAUAAGUUGCAGCGUUCAUAUAAUGAACUUGUAGAAUAUAAGCUCGUCCUGCAAAAGGCUGGUGAGUUUUUUCAUUCAGCUGAAAGCAGUGCGAGGUUGCAGCAGAGAGAUGAAUCCCGUCGUAAUGGUGAUGAUGACCUGGAUACACCGUUAUUGGACCAAGAAUCAUCUACUGAUCCAUCAAAGCAAGUCAAGUUGGGGUUUAUCACUGGUCUUGUUCCGAGGGGAAAGUCUUUAGCAUUUGAGAGGAUUUUAUUUCGGGCUACUAGGGGUAACGUUUUUCUAAGGCAGGCUGUUGUUGAAAAUCCUGUUACAGAUCCUGUGACGGGAGAGAAGGUUGAAAAAAAUGUUUUUGUGGUAUUCUACUCUGGAGAAAGAGCAAAGAACAAGAUUCUUAAAAUUUGUGAUGCUUUCGGAGCCAAUCGUUACCCUUUUACUGAGGACCUAAGUAGACAGGCCCAAACAAUUAACGAGGUUACUGGUAAACUUUCGGAGCUAAAGACUACUAUAGAUAUUGGAGUUUUACACCGGGGAAGCUUGUUACAGACUAUUGGCGAACAUUAUGAGCAAUGGAACAAUUUGGUGAGGAAGGAGAAAGCCAUACACCACACUCUGAAUAUGCUUAGCCUUGAUGUAACAAAAAAAUGUCUUGUGGCUGAGGGGUGGAGUCCUACUUUUGCAUCGAAGCAGAUCCAGGAGGCAUUGCAGCGGGCAGCUUUUGACUCCAAUUCUCAAGUUGGAGCUAUCUUCCAGGUUCUGCAUACAACGGAACCACCUCCAACAUACUUCCGCACAAACAAGUUCACUUCUUCAUUUCAAGAUAUCGUCGAUGCAUAUGGUGUGGCAAAGUAUCAAGAAGCAAAUCCUGCCGUAUACACUAUCAUCACAUUUCCAUUUCUUUUUGCUGUUAUGUUUGGUGAUUGGGGACAUGGACUAUGUAUUCUUCUCGCGACAUUAUAUUUAAUAGUCAGGGAAAGGAAGUUUUCUAAUGAGAAACUUGGAGAUAUCAUGGAGAUGGCAUUUGGUGGCCGUUAUGUUAUUCUAUUGAUGUCAAUUUUCUCAAUCUACACCGGUUUCAUAUACAAUGAGUUCUUUUCUGUCCCAUUUGAACUGUUUGGUCGCUCAGCAUAUGCAUGCCGUGAUCUUUCUUGCAGAGAUGCUACCACUGCUGGUUUAAUUAAGGUGGGUCCCACAUACCCAUUUGGUUUAGAUCCUGUAUGGCACGGAUCUCGCACUGAACUGCCGUUCUUAAACUCAUUGAAGAUGAAAAUGUCGAUUCUUCUUGGGGUGGUGCAAAUGAACCUUGGAAUUGUGUUAAGUUUUUUCAAUGCAAAGUUCUUUCAAAAUGGCCUGAACGUUUGGUUCCAGUUUAUCCCUCAGCUUAUAUUCUUAAACAGUCUAUUUGGCUACCUGUCCGGUUUGAUUGUUAUGAAGUGGUGGACUGGUUCAAAAGUUGAUCUAUACCAUGUAAUGAUAUAUAUGUUCCUAAGUCCUCUAGAUGAGCUAGGUGAAAAUCAGCUUUUCAGUGGUCAGAAGACAGUUCAGUUAGUGCUAUUGGGGUUGGCCCUUGUCGCUGUACCAUGGAUGCUUUUUCCAAAGCCUUUCCUCAUGAUGAAGCAACAUGAAGCUCGGCACCACGGCCACCAAUCAUAUGCUUUACUUGAGAAUACAGAGGAAAGUUUGCAAGUGACUUCAAACCAUGAUGCCCAUGGUCAUGAGGAGUUUGAUAUCAGUGAAAUUUUUGUACAUCAACUCAUACACACAAUAGAAUUUGUACUUGGGGCAGUCUCAAAUACAGCUUCUUAUCUUCGACUCUGGGCCCUAAGUCUUGCUCAUUCAGAAUUAUCCAGUGUGUUCUAUGACAAAGUUCUCCUCAUGGCUUUUGGGUUCAACAAUUGGAUUAUACGUAUUGUGGGCAUCAUUGUCUUCGUUUGCGCGACUGUUGGUGUUUUGCUACUCAUGGAAACUCUCAGUGCUUUCCUUCAUGCUUUGCGACUUCACUGGGUAGAAUUCCAAAACAAGUUUUAUGAGGGAGACGGUUACAAGUUCUAUCCAUUCUCAUUCGUGUCUCACGACGAUGAAGAUGAGUGAUAAAUCAAGCCAUAGGCAGUGUUUAAGCCUUGGAAUUGAGUGUGAAUAGGUAUGAAUCGAAGUUGAUUUUUUCAUUUGAACAGUACAAGAAGGCAAUUGUGGUGCUCCAUGAAGGAGUUAGCGGAUGGUUUUCAAAUUCAGCAUCACUCCUUCAGUAUUUUUAUUUGUUGUUGGACGAAAUAAGCAGUUCAGGCCAAGCAUCGUUAUCUGUAGUGGUAGUUGUGGCCGUGUGUAAUAAUUGGAGCUUCUUUCUAUUUAUAUAUUGAUUAUUUAUUAUUAGGCACAA